UUGCACAUUGGUAAACACGUAAGGAGGCCCAAGUUUUCCAAAGUAUUAUUCCAGAAUAAGGACGCGUCGGAAAGAAAAUAUGAAUAUUUUGUGCAUUUCGAAGGGCAGGAUCGUCGUCUUGAUCAGUGGAUAAGUGGCGAUCAGUUAGUUGAAUUGUUUCUAUUCUAUGGUGCUUUUACACCACCGGAAAAGAACAUCGAAAAAAUCGUGUUUGGUAGCUAUGAAAUCCGGUGCUGGUACUAUUCUCCUUAUCGAUUGAAGAGUAAAGCUGUGGAUCGGCUUUUUGUUUGUGAGAAUUGCCUUCUUUACACUGAGGAUAGAUGUCGCUAUGCAUGUCAUUUAGCUAACGACUGCAAACCCUCGUCUCCACCAGGCGAGAGUAUUUACGAAGAAAGCGAUAUUAAAGUAUAUGAAGUGUUUGGUGCUCUGGAAAAGGUUAAGUUCUACGCUGGGUUUCCUGACGGAAAAAUCGAACUCCUCAGCUUGAAUUGCUUUUUCUAUUGCCAACGACUAUGUCUGCUCGCUAAACUUUUCAUUGAUCACAAGACAUUAUGUUUCGACGUAGAGAACUUCAUAUUCUACGUACUAUGCGAGAUAGACGAUGAUGGCACUCAUAUCGCCGCUAUGUUUUCGAAGGAAAUGUAUUCUGCGAAUAAUCUCGCUUGUAUUAUGACUUUGCCUUGUUAUCAACGUAAGGGCUAUGGAAAUCUAUUGAUACAACUAAGCUAUGAAAUGUCAAAAAGAGCAAAAUACCCAGGUACUCCAGAGCGUCCGUUUUCGGACCUUGGUGAAAUAUCGUAUAAAAAAUACUGGUUGUGGGUUCUUCUGGAAUUUUUUGAUUGUACAGCAAUGCGCAAGGCUAGUUUCAUAUUGAUUUUCUGUUCACCACAUACUAGUUCGUUUCUUUUCCAUCUAUCCUGGCGUUCGAGAUUUCCAUCUAACCAUUUGCUUAGGAUGAUGUCUGCUUUGUCCUCAAAUUUUGCAGUUCCACUCAUUAGUAGGUUUGGAAUUACGUAG